AUGAGGCACGCGCCCCGGGGUAUACAGGCUUUGGACUUAAAGGCGGCCUUCGACAACGUGUGCCAUGCUAGCGUGCUCGAGAACCUGCGCAAGACGGGGUGCGGCCGCAAGACCUACGGCUAUAUUAAAGAUUUCUUAACCAAUAGAACGGUGACUAUCCACAUAGGAAAGGAACGGUACGAGCCUGUGGAGCUUGGAGACAGGAGUACCCCUCAGGGGUUGAUCCUGUCGCCUCUGCUUUUCAACCUGGCCCUCCUCCCCCUGCCUGAACUACUCAAUCACAGCGAAGGCGUGGACCACGCGUUCUAUGUCGACAAUAUAACGGUGUGA